AUGGGCACCGCCAUCGCUACGGCCUACACUAUGGCGAGGGAGAAUGAGGAGGAUGGUUCGACAGUGUUCCGGCCAGGCACGGCGGCUUCGUCGCCGGUGCGCACUGUGGUGGCUUUAGCGUUGUGGCUUGGAGCCAUCCACUUCAAUCUGUUGCUUGUCUUGGCAUCCGUCUUCGUCUUCCCCGGACGCAUUGCCGCCUUGGUACUAGGCAUGCAGCUCUUCUUCAUGUUCGCUCCUGUGGGUAACACUAACGGAUGGGGGCGAAACGUCGCCAGGUUCAUAUGCAAACAUGCGGCCGACUACUUCCCCAUCACUUUGCAUGUGGAGGACUAUAAUGCAUUUGAUCCCAAUACAGCUUACGUGUUUGGUUAUGAGCCGCACUGCGCUAUGCCCUUGGGCUUGUGGGUCCUUGCAGCCCCAAUGGGGUUUAUGCCUCUACCAAAGAUGAAGAUCUUAGCUAGUAGCGCGGCAUUCUACACACCUUUCCAGCGGCAAAUAUGGACCUGGCUAGGGUUAGUUCCGGCGUCGAGAAAGAACUUCUCCUACUAUCUCGGAGCCGGCUAUAGUUGUGCCGUUGUGCCAGGAGGCCUGCGUGAGAUGCUAUAUAUGGAUCAUGAACCUGACUCGGAAGUUGCUUUCAUUAGAUCAAGGAAAGGAUUCGUAAGAAUAGCCAUUCAAACUGGUUGCCCUUUGGUCCCAGUGUUCUGCUUUGGACAAGAUCGUGUUUACAAUUGGUGGAGACCCGGAAGUAAUUUACUUGUUAAGAUUGCUGGAUUACUCAAAGCUCCCGCAAUUGUCUUCUGGGGUAAAUUCGGAACCUUCAUACCAUUUCAGUUGCCUAUGCAUGUGUUUGUUGGAAGACCUAUUGAAGUAACGAAAAAUAACCAACCUACAAUGGAUGAGAUAAAUGAAGUGCACGAAAAAUUUGUGAUGGCUCUGCAGGAGUUGUUCAACAAGCACAAGUAUAAAGUUGGAUGCCCUAACCUCCAACUACAAGUCAUAUGA